AUAGGGUGUAUUUAUUGUAUUUCAAUUCUGUAUCAUCCGUUUCAAUUUGAUUUAUCCUUUGUACCGAAGAUCGACGAAGUACAAGAGUUUCUCCUAAGAACUGACAUCUCCUUGGCCUUUAUUACGAAAACCUGGCUAAAGGAAACUAUCGCAGACAGCACAGUCAGUACCCCCGGCUACACUAUAAUACGGAAGGACAGGACAACAAACAACCAUAGCGGUGUCUGUCUUUACGUUAGAGAUGGAUGCUCCAAAUAUCAUCGUCUUGAAGAAUUGUGUUGCUCUACUGACGAUGAGAUCCUAUGGCUUCAUCUGAGACCUGCGCAUCUUCCAAGAGGAUUCUCUUGCCUGAUAGCUGUAUGA